AUGUCGAUCCUUCAGCCAGAGUCUGGCAUUUGGUACAGCCUAUGUUGGCUCGUUGUGAUCGCAAGGCUCGCAUCAAGAAAACUACACUUGGGAUCAUGGCGGAGAUUACAGGUGGACGAUUAUCUGAUCGUCGUGGCUAUGCUGACGGACACGAUUCUCAUGGCCGUUAUGGAAGUCAUUACACACACUAGCAGCAACUUGAUUGCUCCCGGCGAGGAUGUCUCUGCUUUCACUGAGCGGGAAAUCCAAGACCGCAUCUACGGGUCCAAAUUAGUUCUCGUCUCGGAGCAGAUGCAAAUCAUCACUAUCUGGCUUGUGAAAGCAUGUCUACUGCUCAUGUACUAUCGCAUGACACUGCUGUUGCCAUCGCAUAAGAUAGUCAUUGCUACUGCUGCUUAUGUUGCAAUUGGAUUUGUCGUUAUGGAAAUUCUCUAUCUUGGCGUAUGGUGUCGCCCAUUCUCACAGUACUGGGCUGUGCCGCCAUCGAACGAACAAUGUUCCGCGGCAACCAACCACUUGAUAACCAACUCGGUUCUCAACAUAUCUUCCGAUAUAAUCAUCAUCUUCAUCCCCAUGCCCUUGCUUUUCAAGGUCAAGCUCCCACUGAAGAACAAGGCUAUCCUGAUCAUGUUGUUCCUGAUUGGAACAUUUACGAUUGUGGCUGCAGCACUAAACAAAUACUACUCUUUCACGAACCCCUUCGGCAAUGAAUGGACGAUUUGGUACCUGCGCGAAUCUUAUACAGCACUCCUUUGCGCGAACCUACCCCUCACGUACCCACUCGUACAACGCAUAUUCAAGCUCAAGAACUGGAGCUACCAAUCCUACGGCGGACGCUAUCCCUACGGACGAGGAACGACCCGCGGUACCAUGCAUGGCACGCACUCGAAAUUCUCGGCUAUUCGAAGCAAGCACCGUAAUCAGCGCCUUCAAUCCGUACCUAGUACCAAUGACCGGAGUAUACGGAGGACUGAGAGUGAGGAGCAGAUCAAUGAUGGGAGGGGCAUACCUCUGGAGAUUUACCACAACACAGAAGUUACGGUACAAUCGACCAGCAGAACCGAAAUUGAGCCUCUGGAAUACCCAAAGAACGUUGUAAUCGUUGAUUCGAUCAGGAAGAGCGAGGAGAGCGAUUCACACAAGAGCAGAGCAUCAGCGAAAUCCCCUGUAUGA